GUUCCCCCAUUCACUACGCUUCUCUUGAUCUCUUACAUUACCGUCUAUAUAAUCCACCAGCCUUGUUCCUUGAUGGCAGUUUUCCUUGUGAGUCGUGCACAGCUGCUCGAAACUUCUUGGUGUUUUCUGCUCCUAUCAAUCAACACAAUUCAAGGACAAGGUACGUACCUUGGCUUCAUUACAGGUACCUCUUUCCAGGUUUGAACCAUCCUUGUUCAUCUCCAUCACCACAUAUGAUUACCAGCCUCGCUGCUUCCAGAUUGGGCUUCCUUUGCCACGUGCCUGCCAGCUGUUUUAAUCUUCCGGCUGGCUUCCACUUCUUCGUUCAGACAACUCGUUCCUUCCCUGCCAUUACCUCUUUCCGCCGUUCUUUCCUGUUUACCUCUUCUCACCGUUCUUCCCUGCCAUUACCUCAACUUUUCAACCGCUCUCCUCUCCCAUCACCACAUGCAAUCGCCAGUCCGAUUGUCUGCCAACAGCCUGACGUUAGACAUUCCGUGACGGUCAAAUACCUAUUCUCACGACUGUAUUCCUCGUCUUUCAACCUCGUCGCUGCCCUAUCCCACUGGUGUUCUCCGGCGACUUCUUUCCCUUCAUUGAACGACUACCUUGGUCGGUGCGCCAUUUCUUUCGCGGGGUAUCUCCAGUUGUUUUGUUUCUGACUACCCGUAUAAUUCAACUUUCAUUCCCCUUCAAUUGCCUCUGCUUUGUCGGGUCUUUGA